UACUUCUUUCUUCUUUUGGGUUGAGGAUAGACUUUGGAGAACAAGGAAUUAGGGAUACAAGGAAAUAUGCUACAGACUACACUCGUCAUGGCUUCCUCCUUAACGUCAAUGCCGUCAACGAGCUCAUCCCCUGUUCCCUCCUUCAUUUCCAACCUUCGCGCUAGUUUUCUUUCUGGUCGCGCGCUAUCAAGGCUACCAAAUGACGGAAGCACGAGGAGGAGGAACCCAGCUUCCUUCGCCGUCUUAAGCGCAAAAUCCGGGGAAACGAGGCCGCUUCAAUACCGAAAACUCGGGGAUUCCGAUCUUCAUAUCAGUGAAAUCACUUUGGGAACGAUGACUUUUGGACAGCAAAAUACAGAGAAAGAGGCCCAUGAAAUUCUUAGUUAUGCAUUUGAACAUGGAAUUAAUGCUUUAGAUACUGCAGAGGCUUAUCCUAUCCCCAUGAAAAAAGAGACUCAGGGAAGAACAGAUUUGUAUGUUGCUAGCUGGCUCAAGUCACAACCACGUGAUAAGGUUAUUGUGGCGACAAAAGUAUGUGGGUAUUCAGAGCGAGCAAGUUACUUACGUACCAAUGCAGAAGUUCUGCGGGUUGAUGCUGCAAACAUUAGAGAAAGUGUUGAGGAAAGCCUAAAGCGUCUCAAUACUGAUUACAUUGAUUUAUUGCAAAUUCAUUGGCCAGACCGUUAUAUACCACUGUUUGGCGAAUUUUUUUAUAAUCCUUCAAAAUGGAGGCCUAGUGUACCAUUUGUAGAACAGUUACAAGCCUUUAAAGAGCUCGUCGACGCUGGGAAGGUGCGCUAUAUUGGUGUCUCUAAUGAAACAUCCUAUGGAGUGAUGGAAUUUGUUCAUGCUGCAAAGAUUGGAGGACUACCAAAGAUUGUCAGUAUACAGAACAGCUAUAGCCUGCUAGUUAGGUGCAAGUUUGAAAUUGAUCUUGUUGAAGUUUGCCACCCGAAUAAUUGCAACAUAGGCUUACUAGCUUAUUCCCCUCUUGGAGGUGGAGCAUUGACGGGGAAAUACAUUGAUCUUGAAUCUGAAGCUGCGAAAAAGGGAAGGCUUAACCUUUUCCCUGGUUAUAUGGAAAGAUAUAACAGAUCUCUUGCAAAGGAGGCAACAAUACAAUAUCUUGAAGUGGCGAAGAAACACGGGCUGACACCAGUAGAGUUAGCGCUUGGAUUUGCUAGAGACAGACCAUUUAUGACGAGCUCUAUUGUUGGUGCGACGUCCGUUAAACAGUUAAAAGAAGAUAUCGAUGCUUUUGUUACAACUGAGCUACCAUUGCCACCUGAAGUGAUGGCGGAUAUUGAAACUGUUUUUAAUAGAUACAAAGAUCCAGCUAUCCUUUAGGUUAAAUUGAGAGCAUCAAUUGUUGAUCUCUCUAGUUAAAUCUCAUAUCCAUUUGCCCUGCAUUUGUGUUGUGGGAGAAUAGAUAUGGAACAUAUACAAAAAUAUCUAACUUUGUUGUACUUGUAAUUUGUAAACUUAAAAAUGAUAAAUUAUCUCAGUGAUAGAACACAAUAAUUCUUGUCAUCA